GAUCUGUAAUUAUUACACAGGGAAUUAAUAGAAGAGUUGCAUCCUAUAAUUAAAGAAGCACUUGAAAGAAGGCCAGAGAAUAUGAAACGACGUAGGCGGCGAGACAUAUUACGUGUGCAACUUGUACGAAUAUUUGAAUUGUUGGCAGAUGCUGGUGUCAUUAGUCACAGUGCAAGUGGCGGCCUUGAUAAUGAAACACAUUCCCUGAACAAUACUUUACUGGAGUAUGUGGAUCUUACCAGACAACUGCUGGAAGCAGAAAAUGAAAAGGACUCUGACACACUGAAAGAUAUCCGUUGCCAUUUUAGUGCCUUAGUGGCAAAUAUUAUUCAGAACGUUCCAGUGCAUCAGAGAAGGAGCGUCUUUCCACAGCAGAGCCUCCGUCACAGUCUAUUUAUGUUGUUUAGUCACUGGGCUGGACCUUUCAGCAUCAUGUUUACUCCUCUGGACAGAUACAGUGAUAGAAAUAUGCAGAUAAAUAGGCAUCAGUACUGUGCAUUAAAG